AUGACGGGGAGGGGGGAUGCGCCCCCCGCUUCAACGUUCCGGUCACACGACAGUCAGUUAGAAUCGCGCGGUUCAGCAUGUUUUGGUUUCCCUCAGCAAUCACGCACACUUCCGAAUAGCCGAGAUGUUGACGCAAAGGAGUUGCCAGCCCAUUUUCAAUUGCGAAAUCGAUUUUUCAUGCUUUUUGUUUGCUUUUCUUUUAUUUUUAUUUCUUCUACUCUGAGUUGGUGGAUGAGCGCUGCUGAGAAACCAUCUUCACCGUCAUCCCCGGAAUCAUCUGCCGGGAAAGAUGUGGCUGCCUCCGCAUGGUCACGGUUUGUUGCACCGAUUGACUCCAUCUUUCGUUUUCCCAAGAAAAUGUGGGCUUGCACGGCGGAUGGCCUUUCCCGUCUCCCAUAUGUCUUUUCAUUGUGGCAGCAAUUCGGCGUUGGUGACGUUUUAUUGCUUAGCGGCCCACGUCAAGCGCUUUUUUUUGAUUUUACUGCUGCCAGGGCUGUGUCGAAUUACGUGCAACGUUUUCUGACGGAGGAAUUACUGCCAUUUUACUGUGAUGUCUCGGCGUGGCUUGUUUUGAGGCCUGGGGAAACGGCACACACUGUGGGAAUUAAGAGUGUGGAGGGUUUACGGUGGGUAUAUAUAUAUUUUGGUUUUCUCAGCAGGAACACAACAUCACCGUCCAGAGGGAGGAUCAUCUGUACAGGUAUUACGGCUGUCACCACGGCUCCCCCAUCGUCAUCAUCAUUAACAACGAGUGCCGUGAAUAGCGCCGCCCCUACCAACAGGUCAAGACGAUGGAAGAUUAAAUCUGGCAUUCCAAAUUGGCUGAGGGCCAGUUUCACGUUUCUCUUUUCACCAAAACGAAAGGCGUCGGCGUCGCCGCCACCUCCGUCGCGUUCUGUUGAGGGGGGCAGCGGUUUGUGCGGAAUGUCGCGCGGAGCAGCUCCGCCUGCCAAAGGAUCCCGCGUGUCCCAAGAGCCAAAGCCAUCUGCCAAGGAGGCAUCACAACGUGAAACGAUGCCGAAUACGCAGAGAGGUUUAUUAGAGAAGGCAUUUCUUUUUUUGAAAUGGCUCACUUGCGGCUUUUCUUUUGUCGUUUCGAAACCUUCCGGAAAGUCUUUUGGUCAAAAGAUAGAAAUGGCCGACAAAAAGAGUUGGAUGCCAAAAAAAGCGGGUGUUGAAAUUCAUUCGAGUUCACUGGAGCCACUAGACCUGCCUGGCCGAUCCUCUUUUUUUUCUUUCAAAGCAUCCGAGCAUGCAGCAGAGGCAACACUUAAGAGCAGUAAAGAGAAAUCCAUCUCUCUUACCAGGGCAGCUUCCCCAGACGAUAAUAAUGACAAAGCCAUCGUUCACACCGUCACUCCUCGUAUCGUGACAGUACAUCAUUUUGGGUUUGCAGUCUAUGUGACUGGUAAGCCACCCCACAAAUUCGAGGAGAAAAUUGAAGGGGAGUUUUCGUUGCAAGUUGUACAGGGCACAUUUAUAAGGGAUGUCGCGCAUCUUUUUUCUUCUGCUUUUUCCAUACCUAUUGACAAUGUCAAUGUGCGACGACAUGGAAGCCUAUAUCAUGUAGGCUUUGAUGUGCUACAGCUACCCGGCGGGAAUUUCUGGAAGAAGCGGGAAAUUGACACGCAUGAAAACGAGGAACUGCCGAAAAGUACAUCGGAAACAAAGUCGCAGUCAGAGCAUGAGGAGGUAUUGGAGUCAGAGGUUGAGCAAUUGCGUGAAUAUCAUGCUCAGCGUGGAAUGCGGGUCAGUGGUGAUUUUGCUCCCGAUUUGGAGCACAUCAUUGUCUCGGGGGAGAAUUUUCAAGAUCAUCGCGCUGCCUUUUGUGAAAAAACUGGGAGCGCUGGAUCAAGUGUCGUUGCAUGCGUCGUUAGUUUGAAUUCAUUUUUAAGUGCGUUUUAUGUUCAUCGCCAUUUUUGUUUGAAAUUGGUCGUGCUUGACUUGAAGGGACGUUGCAUAUUUGCUACGGGUGAUAAGCUGGUAGUUUUUGAUUGUCGAUGGCCGAUAGUCUCUAUGCGGAGCAUCAGCGAGCCAGCGGAGGCUGAUGGUAUUUCUGAGGAGUAUUUAAAGUUAAAUGAAGUGCAUGAUACGAUAGUGAUGGAUGAUUCCCCGGGACUAUCAGAGCGGAAGUUGUUGGCUGCGGCGCAUGUUUUGUCUAGUGAUCAGCACGGUGCUGAAAUACGAACGGUGGUACCAUCUUCUGCACAUGUGAUGAAUUGGAUGGACACUUCUGUUGUAAUUUCUGGAAUCGUUUGCACGGCUGUUUCCAUUGGAUUUUGUGUUCUUGCGGUACAGCGGUCGCUUUUACAUCGGCGAGGUGAUGGUGAGUGGUUAAUGAAGCGAUGGCAGCUGGCGCGCAGUGAGCUUCUCUUGAAAGCGCUUAAUGAGCGGUUUUCCGUUCUUUUGGAGGCUUUACCCGCUCACUUUGGUGUUCCGCGUGAAGAGAUGUUUUUUCUCCGACGCGUCGUUCAGGCGUACUUCAUCAGUUGCGAGUCCCAUUAUAUUGAUCUUGUACGGAGCAUUGGGAUGCGGGAACAAAUGGUUUUGCAACGACGCGAGGCGGCUGCGAAAUAUAUCCAACAUGUCUUUGAUUUAAAGUGGUUGUUUCAACUGUACGAAGUCAUGUGUGGGAAGAGCAACAUCGCCUGA